AUGAUGAACGACCUGAUACCCGAGCUGGGCAAGAGGAGACGAGCGGCUUGGGAAGCGUACAAGAGCAUGGAGGAUGUAGUGAAGAAGACCAGGAACACCCGGCUCCGUGCUCACCUCUUCAACACCACCGUACUUCCUGCUUUGACCUAUGCUUCGGAAACCUGGGCAUUUCGCAAGCAGGAAAAAAAGCAGAAUCGUCAUUGGACAGUCAGUCAAAAGGGUGAUGCUAAGAGUAUCCCGCUUCAAGCAAAUGAGGGACGGAAUCGAAGUUCUCUCCUACGUCAGCGAUCGAAGAUUAGAGACGCCGCCGCGUUUGCCAAAGAAAGUAAAAUAAGGUGGGCCGGACACGUGAUGCGCUUUAACGACAACCGUUGGACCAGAGCCGUGAGCGACUGGGUUCCCCGCGAUAUUAAGCGCACUACAGGAAGACCGCCGAUGGUCAGAUUUCUUCACAAAGUCCUUCAAAGAAAAUUAUGA